AUGACCGACCCAGGCUCGCUGAGCGGCCACCCGCGAGACGUCACCAUCUCCCCGGCGGGCUCUACCACGGCGACAUUAGAAGGCGACACUGCCCCGGCUGCCCAGCUCAAACAACCACAGCCGAAAUCGCGCGCAUUCUACCUCACCUUCCUCGCGAUAAGCGUGACCACCUUCCUCUCCGCGAUCGACCUGACCGCCGUCGGCACCGCCCUGCCGACCAUCUCCGCCGCGCUGCACGACACCAGGGGCGACUUCACGUGGGUCGGCUCGGCGUACGCGCUCUCCAGCACGGCGUUCAUCCCGCUCAGCGGCAACUUGGCGGACGCCUUCGGCAGGCGCGUCGUCGUCCUGUUCAGCAUUCUGUUCUUCGCUAUCGGCAGCGCGUUGUCUGGCGCAGCGCAGAAUAUGAACAUGCUGAUCGCCGCCCGGACCGUCCAAGGCGUCGGCGGCGGCGGGAUCCUGGCCCUCUCGGAGAUCCUCGUCGCCGACCUCGUGCCCCUCGCUGAACGGGGGAUUUACCAAGGUUUUCUCGCCCUCAUUUGGUCGCUUGCUUCUAGUGUCGGGCCGCCGAUCGGCGGCGCUCUUGCGAAUAAAGGAACCAAAGCCUGGCGCUGGCUCUUCUUCCUCAACCUCCCGCUCUGCGGCAUCUCGUUUCUGCUGGUCGCCUUCUUCCUGCGGGUGCGCAGUCCGCCGGGCAGCAUCCAGUCGAAGCUUGCCCAAGUUGAUUGGCUCGGAAACCUCAUUGUCAUCGCGGGGACCACGCUCGCCAUCGUCGGGCUCACCUUCGGCGGCAUCCGCUUCCCGUGGGCCUCCGCACAGGUCCUCGCGCCGCUGGUCAUCGGGUUUGUGCUCCUGAUCGUCUUCGGGUUCUACGAAGUGUACCUGGUGACGGACCCCGUCCGCCCGACGACGCCGGCGGACAUCAUGAGCAACCGCACCUCGCUCGGCGGGCUGCUCGGGACGGCGAUCCACGGCCUGGUCAGCGUCGCGUUAAUCUACUACUUGCCAGGCCAUCUACUUCCAAGCCUGCUUCUCCGCCUCGCCGAUCCGCUCCGCGGUCGACUUCCUCCCCUCCGGGCUGCUCACCGCGCCGUUCGCGUUCGUGGCGGGCGUGAUCACGACCGUGACCGCGAAAUACCGGCCGGUCAACUACGCCGCGUGGUGUUUCGUCAUCAUCGUCUGUGCCGCAACUCUGCGAUUUCUUUUCUGACAUUAUUGUCCAGGGCUUCGGCGUGUUCACGCUGCUCAAAGCAGACUCGAGCACGGGCCGCUGGGUGGGGUUCCAGGUGCUCACGAGCGUCGGGCUGGGGAUGCUCUUCUCCAGCCCCGUCUUCCCGAUCCUCGCCCCGCUCCCGCCGAGCCGCGCCGCCUCCGCGCUCGCGCUCUGGACGUUCACACGCUCCUUCUUCCAGGCGUGGGGCAUCACCAUCGCGUCGACCGUCCUCCAGAACAAGCUGCAGGCCACCCUCCCGCCGGCGUUCGCCGCGCAGUUCCCCCGCCGGCUUCGAGAUCGCGUACGCCGCGAUACCCGUCAUCCGCACGCUCGACGCGCCGCUCAAGACGGAGGUCCAGGCCGCGUUUGCGGAGAGCAUGGCCGCCGUGUGGCAGACGAUGACGGGCAUCUCGGGCAUCGGCCUGCUGAGCUGCCUGCUGUUGCGGGAGAUCCCGAUGGUCCAGGGGAUCGACGAGACGUAUGCGCUGAAGGAGGAGAACGCCAAGGUGAACGACCGGGAAAAGCAGUAG